GGCCCCAGAAGGGAGAGACAGUGUUAACUCUGACCACAGAAUUCCAUGUAUCUUUGCACUACACAUGGUGCAUGUGGCAGAGCUCUGAAUUCUAAGCUCAUUGCAACUGAAGAUGAUGACUUGCAUGUCCCUCUGAUUCUGACCUUCAUCCCUCUAGAUUGGGAUAAAGAAAAGGAAGACCCCCAGUUAAUCAUACAUGUGCACAACAAACACCCUCUGUGUGGGUGCCUACACAGAUUAUUGUAAAACAUUUUAGUUAAAUUAAUCUGAAAUCCAUCCAAUUAGUUCUAAAUACUGUGGGAACAUCUUUCUCUGACGUGUAAAACAUUUGAUACAAGCUAGAAAGCUAUUGCAUAAUGAGGUACAUUACUUUCCUGUUUUUUUAUCUUGAUUUAGGUAUGCUGGUGGGCUCAGGUUAGCAAAUGUGGUUCUGGUCUUAAUUACGCUGAGAAAUUCCUGAAGGAGGAGUAUUGGGGCGGUGGGUUAAAAGUACAUGGAAAAGUGAAUGGUCUGGGUACAAAGGGAUUCUUGUUUCAGAGACCUCUGAUUGGUUUGGGGGGAGGUUCUCAAACUCCCGGCGCUCUGCCUGGGAAUCUAACAGUGUCUAUAAAGGCUGCUGAUCACUCCACAGUUCAGACUGAUUUCCUACACACUGUCAAUAGGAAAAUGGUUAGUCGAAUUGAGCAUCCGGCUGGUGGCUACAAGAAAAUCUUUGAGACAUGUGAAGAGUUGAAUGAGCCUAUUCCUGCUGUGGUUGUAGGUGUGAUCCCAGAAUGGCUGAGCGGCAGUCUGUUGCGUCUUGGACCCGGCCUGUUUGAGGUGGGGGCUGAGCCUUUCUACCACCUCUUUGAUGGCCAGGCCCUCAUGCACAAGUUUGACCUAAAGGACGGCCAUGUGACAUACUAUCGGAAAUUUGUCAAAACAGAUGCCUAUGUGCGAGCCAUGACGGAGAAAAGAGUGGUCAUCACGGAGUUUGGAACAGCAGCCUACCCAGAUCCUUGCAAAAAUAUAUUCUCACGGUUUUUCACCUACUUCAAAGGGAUUGAGGUGACAGAUAAUUGCUUAGUGAACGUGUACCCUGUUGGUGAGGAUUUCUAUGCCUGCACAGAAACCAACUACAUCACCAAAGUCGACCCAGACACACUGGAGACUCUGAAAAGGGUGGACCUGUGUGACUACCUCUCGGUCAAUGGAGUGACGGCUCAUCCACACAUUGAAAGUGAUGGAACGGUGUACAACAUUGGGAACUGUUUUGGGAAGAAUAUGUCACUGGCCUACAACAUUGUCAAAAUUCCUCCCACACCAAAAGACAAGUCAGAUCCCAUUGCAAAGUCCAAGGUUCUUGUGCAGCUCCCCAGCAGUGAGCGAUUCAAGCCCUCCUAUGUUCACAGCUUUGGAAUGACAGAAAACUACUUUGUCUUCGUUGAGACUCCAGUGAAGAUAAACCUUCUAAAAUUCUUGACCGCUUGGAGCAUCUGGGGCACAAAUUACAUGGAUUGCUUUGAGUCAAACGAAACCAUGGGCACAUGGUUCCAUCUGGCUACAAAGGACCCAGCUGAAUACAUAGAGCAUAAAUUCAGGACUUCUGCCUUCAAUCUCUUCCAUCACAUCAACAGCUAUGAGGACGAUGGCUUCAUCGUUGUUGACCUGUGUACUUGGAAAGGCCAUGAGUUUGUCUACAACUACCUAUAUCUGGCCAACCUGCGGGAGAACUGGGAGGAAGUGAAGAAAGCUGCUAUGAGGGCACCUCAGCCAGAGGUCCGGCGAUACGUUCUGCCCAUGGACGUCCACAAGGAGGAACAGGGGAAGAAUCUGAUAUCCCUUCCAUACACCACAGCCACUGCAGUGAUGCGCAGCGAUGGAACCAUCUGGCUGGAGCCUGAGGUUCUGUUUUCUGGACCACGACAAGCUUUCGAGUUCCCUCAGAUCAACUACAGUAAGUUCUCUGGGAAGAACUACAGCUAUGCCUAUGGACUGGGCCUGAACCACUUCAUCCCUGACAGGAUCUGCAAACUGAAUGUGAAGACUAAGGAUACGUGGGUGUGGCAGGAGCCAGACUCUUACCCCUCAGAGCCCAUCUUUGUGCAGACCCCAGAUUCUGUGGAGGAAGAUGACGGGGUGUUGUUGAGCAUCGUGGUGAACCCUGGAGCAGACCAGAGGCCAGGGUAUCUCCUCAUCCUCAAUGCCAGAGACCUGACAGAGAUUGCACGGGCUGAGGUGGAGGUCAUCAUCCCUGUCACCUUCCAUGGAAUGUACAAGCCUUAGGACUACAUUCUCAAACACAUCUACAAUACCACUCCACAGGAGAAAGGGACAAUAAUAAUAAUACUAAAACCUUUGUUGGGAAUGUAAAAAUAUAUAUAUAAUCACUGAUGUAACCUGUUUGUGGCUUAGUUUCAAAAUCAAUGUUGUGAUAUACACUGUACAAAAGUAUGUGGACAGCCCUUAAAAUUUGUGGAUUCGGCUAUUUCAGCCACAUCUGUUGCUGAAAGGUAUAUAAAAUCGCACACAGCCAUGCAAUCUCCAAAGACAAACAUUGGCAGAAUGGCCUUACUGAAGAGCUGAGUGUCUUUCAAUGGGGCAUCCUACCAUCAUAGGAUGCCACCUUUCCAACAAGUCAGUCAAAUAUCUGCCCUGUUAUGAGCUGCCCCGGUGAACUGCUGUUAUUGUGAAGUGGAAAUGUCUAGGCGCAACAACGGCUCAGCCGUGAAGUGGUAGGUUACACAAUCACCUGUUGCAACAUUCACUACCAAGUUCCAAACACCCUCUGGAAGCAACGUCAGCACAAGAACUGCAUUCUCUGGAGUGAUGAAUCACGCCUCCCCCAUCUGGCAGUCCGAUGGACGAAUCUGGGUUUGGAGGAUGCCAGGAGAACUCUAUACCUGCCCCAAUUCAUAGUUUGGUGGAGGAGGAAUAAUGGUCGGUGGUUAUUUUUCAUGGUUUGGCCUAGUUCCCCUUAGUUACAGCAUAAAAUUACAUUCUAGAUGAUUCCGUGCUUCCAACUUUGACAGGCCCUUUCCCGUUUCAGUAUGACAACACCCCUGUGCACAAAGCGAGGUCUAUACAGAAAUGGUUUGUCAAGAUUGGUGUGGAAGAACUUGCCGGGCCUGCACAAAGCCCUGACCUCAACCCCAUUGAAGACCUUUGGGAUUAAUUGGAAUGUUGACUGCAAACCAGGCCUAAUUGCCCAACAUCAGUGCCAGACCAUACUAAUGCUCUUGUGGCUUAAUUGAAGCAAGUCCCCAACAUCUAGUGCAAUACCUUCCCAGAAGACUGGAGGCUGAUAUAGCAGCAUGGUGGUGACCAACUCCAUAUAUGUUCCACAAGCAGGUCUCCGCAUACUUUUGGUCAAGUGUUGUAUCUGUCAUAAACUCAGACCUAAAGGCCUAGUGCUCAUUAGCUUUAAUGGAACCAUGUACGAUGGCUUCAAAGUAUUCACACCCCUUGACUUUUUCCACAUUUUGUUACUGCUUGAAUUUAAAAUAGAUUAUAUUGAAAUGUUAACCCAGAAUGUGUCACAAGUUGCAUGUACUCAUCUUGUGUGCAAUAGUGUAACAUUUAAGGUUUCUCAGUCGAGCACUUGCAUUUCAAACACAAUCAAAAGACCAGGGAGGUUUUCCAAGGGCAUCUAUUGGUAGAUGGGUAAAACAAAAGCAGACAUUGAAUAUCCUUUUGAGCAUGGUAAAGUUAUUAAUUACACUUUGGAUGGUGUAUCAAUACAACCAGUCAUACAAAGAUACAAGUGUCCUUCCUAACUCAGUUGCCGUAGAGGAAGGAAACUGCUCAGGAUUUCAGCAUGAGGCCAAUGGCAACUUUAAAACCGAUGGAGAAACAUUAACCUAAAUGAGUGAAAAGGAAGCCUGGGCAGAAUCCAAAUUAAUCCAAAACAAAGUAAAACUGCAAAAGAUGUGGCAAAGAAAUUAACUUAAUCCUGAAUACAAAGUGUUGUGUUUGGGGCAAAUCCAACAUCAGUAACACUCCAUAUUUUCAAGCAUGGUGCUGGCUGCAUCUUGUUAUGGGUAUGCUUAUCGGCAAGGACUAGGGAGUUUUUUUUUUUUUAUAGAAACCUGGUUGUCUGCUUUCCAAGAGACUGAGACAAAUUCACAUUUCAGCAGGACAAUAACCUAAAACAAGGCCAAAUAAACACGAGUUGCUAACCAAGAUGACAUGGAAUGUUCCUGAGUGACCUAAUUACAGUUUCGCCUUAAAUCUUUGGCAAGACUAAUGGCUGUCUAGCAAUGAUUAACGACCAACUUGACAGAACUUGAAUAUUUAAAAUGUGCAAAUAUUGUAUAAUCUAGGAGAGCAAAACUCUUGAUGUAUACAGAGACUCGGCUGUAAUCGUUGCCCAAAGUUAUUCAAACAUGUAUUGACUCGGGAGUGUGAACUUUAUGUAAAUGAGAUCUGUAUUUUAUUUAAAACAUGUUUUCCCUUUGAGUAUUGUGUGUAGAUGGGUAUUUAAUACAUUUUGAAUUCAGGCUGUAACAAAAUGUGUAAAGUCAAGGGGUAUGAAGGCACUAUGUAAGAAUUAACACACGACAAUUGUUUUUCCUUCUAUGUUUCAAGUUGUAUUUACACAUUCUUUUAUUCAAUGCCAUUACAAAUAAACGUAUGUUAUUACAUC